UAUGCGCUUUGUUUUCUUUUAUUGCUUAUGGUCAUAAUCUAUAAUUUAUUUGGUCUCCCAUAUUUAGUGGGCUUAUUGAAUCUUAGAUCUCUUCAUGUCAUUUUAUUUUUCCGUUUGAUGUGAUGUAAUGAAAUUUGGGUAAUUGGAUCUAAUGUGUGAGAGUUAUGCGAUAUCCAAUUAAUUAUUAUUAUGCAUAUCUUCGUGUACUGCCAAUAUUUCUCUUUAAUUACUUAAUUUUUCUCCCCAUAUAUACAGCUAAUUUAUGGAGUAAACUCUUUUUGGAUCAAAUUAAAAGUUAAUGUGGAGGAGUUAGAGCAAGUCCAAUUGGGGGUGGAUAUAUAGUCAUUUUCCAAUCCCAGAUGCAGAAUAUAGUGCUCCAAUGGGGAUGAAAAAUGGCAAAGAUGGAAAAGGGAUUGUAUAUUUUCAUCCCCAAAUGACUAUAGCUAUCCUUGUCAUCUCAUCCAAAUCCAACUACCAUCUACCAGAAAGUUUGUUAGAGUUACCUGAUAGUCGCUGAAAAAUGGCCAGAAAGCUUGAAACCUGUCGGAAAUAUGGAAAACAGGCCCCGAACUUGCACCGUUCAACUUUGCCGGGGCAUACCGAUGGUUCCGAGCCAAACAUGGGUGUCUGCAUGGAUCUAACUCCAGCUGAUGGAGGAAUUCUGCUCCUAAUCGCGGUAUGCAUACUCAAAUCCAUCCUCUUUGUCAGAAACAUCCUCCUUGCCCCCUUCCAUCUUGCAGGCAUCCGCAUCGCAUGGUUGGAAGAAGAACACGUCGAAAACCCUUGGGAUUGGCACAGUCUCCACGGGACGCGUUCCAUGGAGUUGUUCCUGAACCAGUCCCCGGUACUCAGGUUCCACAACUGCCGUGGGGUCCAACACCCGCCUGAACAAGAGUGCAUUGUUUGCCUCACCGAGUUUGCACCGGAUGCUGAGGUGGAUCGCCUUCGUUGCGGCCAUGUUUUUCACAGGAUGUGCUUGGAGAAGUGGUUGAAGUCUCAGAAACUCACCUGCCCUCUUUGUAGGACGUACGUGGUGCCCCGGGAGGAGGAAGACUCUGCCCCUAUGUGAGUUGUGUGCGAUCAUAUCGUACAUGUUUCGUUAGCAUAGGGCAUAUGGAAAAAAGGGUUUCAGCUUCUAAGUUUCUAUGGUAGUCUGUUUUUGUGGUCACUUUAGAUGGAUGACAGAACAGAUGUAGCAGCUGUUUCUCAGCUCUGUGUUUUUGAACUUGUAGUAGUCCGGAAAACCAGAUGAAUCUGGUGUCAAAUAAAACCUAUAGUUUGGUU